AUAACUAGGAUUCAUGCUCAGAUCAUUUUCUAUAGGUGUCUUCACUAAUUGAUACGACCACAUCAGCGACUCAAGAUUGUAUUCCCAUCCAUUACAAGAACCACGAAAUGGCCUUCGAACACACCAAGCAACUAAUGCCGACCCUUCUCGAACAAGGCGCAAAAUCCACUCCAGAUCGUGUAUGGGCCAAAUUCCCAAUCUCCAACACAACCUAUGAACACGGCUUCCGCACUGCAACAUAUAGUCAAAUGCUCAGUGCCGUCAACAAAGUAGCAUGGAUAUUGGAUAAGAGCCUUGGGAAGAAUGCUACAUUCGAAACUCUGCCGUAUUUAGGGCCAAGUGAUCUACGGUAUCAUAUUGUCCUUCUAGCAGCAAUCAAAACGGGGUACAAGGCCUUCUUCCCCUCCCCACGCAACAGCAAAGUAGCUCAAAUGGAUCUAUUAUGGAAACUAGAGUGCAGACUCAUCAUGACCACAGAUCCAGAACCUCCAUUCGUCUCUAUGAUUUUAAAAGAUUGUCUGUUGACAAAAUUGGUGAUUCCAUCACUGGAUGAAUUAUUGCGAGAGGAGGAUGUGCCUCCUUAUCCAUAUACAAAGUCCUUUGAGGAGGCGAAGGAUGAUCCGAUAUUUGUUUUGCAUACGUCUGGCUCUACAGGUAUCCCAAAACCCAUGAUCUAUACGCAUAGAUUUGUUUCAACGGUUGUAGCUGCCAACACGCUUCCUGCACCGGAUGGCCUACGUCGGGUUGAUGAUUACUUCUUGAAGGGGGAGUUUUUCUCUUUCCUGCCAGCUUUUCACAUUGCGGGCAUUGGCUGGGGCUUCAUCCUCCCCUUCUUCAGCAAUAGCAUCCCCUUGUUCCCUCUACCAGGCAAACCUCCCUCAACAGAAGGAUUCCUCUCAGCAGUGAAACACGGCGAAUUCCACUGGGCCUUUCUUCUUCCAGUCAUCCUUGAAGAACUCAGCAAAGACACCCAAGCACUAGACCUCGUGGCCUCAAAAUUACAAUAUCUAUUCUACACCGGCGGCAGUCUCCCACACCUCCCUGGAGAAAUAAUCUUAUCCCGAAUCCCCAUAUUCUCCGGUUUGGGAUCGAGUGAAUGCUCAGCAUUUCCACAACUUAUCCAGACCACUUCCGACGGGAAGGAGUUCACCGAGACAUGGAAGUAUGUCUCUAUCCACCCUGCAGCCGGCGCAGAAUUCCGACAUCGUCUAGACGAUCAGUAUGAAUUGGUAAUUGUGAAAUCAGCCACAACCCACGAAGCGCAACCGGUUUUCACAGUAUUCCCCAAAUUGACGGAAUACGAAACGAGAGAUUUAUUUACUCCACAUCCCACGCUACCAAAUCUAUGGAGACAUCGAGGUCGAAGAGACGAUAUCGUAGUUUUUAUUAACGGCGAAAAGACGAAUCCAAUCUCAUUUGAGCAGGAAGUUUUGAAACAUCCCGAGGUGCGAGCUGCUCUUGUUGGGGGGAAUCAGCGGUUUGAAGCUUGUCUUUUGAUUGAAACUAUAGAACCGAUUGAAGAUGGGAGAGAGUUUGUGGAUCGGAUUUGGCCAGUUGUGCAGGAAGCGAAUGGGAAAUGUCCGGCGCAUGCGAGAGUUGACAAGUCGAAGAUUUUGGUACUUGAUACGAGCAAGCCGAUGUUAAGGGCUGGUAAGGGGACUGUGCAGAGGCAGGGUACUUUGCAAUUGUAUGCGGAUGAGAUUAAUGCUUUGUAUGAACAGGAGAAAGUGUCGGAUCCAAACACAGAACCUGGCAAUGGGCUUUCGGGAUUAACAGAAAAUGAUAUUGCAAAUCAGUUACGCCAUAUCGUGUCGGAAAUCACUUCCUUUCAACAUUUUGACGAUGACAUGGACUUCUUUGCUUUAGGAAUGGAUUCGCUUCAUACACUGCAAUUAUGCCGUGCAAUCAAGGCGAGAUUUAGAUUAGAUUCUACCAUCGCGCCGAGUUUCGUAUACAAACACCCAUCCUUGAGACUGCUGGCAAGAGAGAUUCUCCUAUUAGAGAACCCGUCCGGUAAAAACACCCAGCAGGAUCGACUGGAAACAAUGACUACAUUACUAAAACACUACGAGCAACAAGUCGACCAUAUCGCAUCAAAACAACAAAUCAAACCAGAAUCGAACAGCAAGCCUCAAGUCAUCAUCCUAACAGGAUCAACAGGCGCAAUCGGCUCACACCUUUUGCAAGAACUCUUAUCCAACCCCUCCAUCACACACAUAUACUGCCUCAACCGCUCCCCAGACUCAGAAUCAGUCCAAAUCAGGCACAACCGUCAGCGAGGUCUGCCCUACAGCUUCCCUCCGGAGAGAGUCACAUUUCUCACCGUCAACCUUACAAAACCUGCCUUCAACCUAGAGGCAAAAAUAUACACCCAACUCAUCGAAAAAACAACCCAAAUCAUUCACAACGCCUGGCCCGUGAAUUUCAAUCAAUCACUGGCAUCCUUCCAGGGGAGUCUAGACGGUGUCUUGGGAUUAAUCUCGUUUGCUGCCGAGGCCAAACUCGCACCUUCAUUACUAUUCUUGUCGUCCGUGAGUUCCAUGACAGGAUAUACCCCAUCACCAGACUCCAACAAAAUAUAUAUCCCCGAAAAAGUCAUUUCUGACCUUACAUGUCCCGCUGCCAUGGGCUACGGUGAAAGCAAAUACCUCGCUGAAAGAAUAAUCGACUACACAGCUACAAAACUCGACGCGUCAAAUUUCGCGAUUGCGCGUAUUGGGCAAAUUGCUGGUACAUCUCAACAAGGGAAAUAUCGUAGCUGGCGACGUGAUGAGUGGUUACCGAGUUUGAUUGUUAGUUCUGCGCUUCUGGGGAGUUUACCGGGGGAGUUGGGUGUUUUGGAUAGUGUGGAUUGGGUUCCUGUUGAUGAAUUGGGGAGGAUUAUUGUUGAGGCCUCUUUUUCACUUCUCCUCCAGGCAGAAGAGGAAACAGGGGCGAGAGUAUUUCAUUGUCGGAAUCCAAGGCCAGUGACGUGGGAGAGUCUUCGGUCGAUUAUAGCCCAGGAGCUCACGACAUCGUUUCCUCGUUCCGACACAGAAACGAAAGACAUGGAAAUUAUAAGUCUACCGGAAUGGACUGCUAGGCUCCGAGCAAGCGCAACCUCAACAGAAACCCAGACCCACCUGGAACAGAAUCCAGCUGUGAAACUUCUAGAUUUCUAUGAACAGCUCGCAUCUGAUACUGGCACAAAAGAGUUCUCGAUUAAGAAGACCUUGGAAGUUAGUAAGGCUCUGCGGGAGUUGAAAUCGAUUCAGCCGGAAUGGAUUCAGGGGUGGAUUCGUGAUUGGGUUCCGAUGUCUCAUAGUUGA